AUGGCGCACAGACUCUCACUACAUUUCAAUCAUACUUCUCUCCUUCAAAACCGCAAACUCAUUUCACACUCCAACCGCCACUUACCUCGUGAUUCUUUGGCCCCUUCCCUUCUCAAGAACACCGCUAUCCAUUCAACUAACCAAUGCAUUAUAUCGUCGAAGCACCGUUUCUUAGGGCUCCUAACCCCUCGCGUAGUUCAAAAUUACAAUGUCAUAGAGGAAUCUGAAGACACGGACCAAAUCAGCGAGGGUUUUGACGUGGACAUAGAUAAAGAAGAAGUGAGUGAACUGGUUGAGCAGAGUAUAUGGAUUCAGAUGAAGGAAAUUGUUUUGUUUACUGGACCCGCAAUUGGACUUUGGUUAUGUGGACCGUUGAUGAGUCUCAUUGAUACUGCAGUUGUUGGUCAAGGAAGUUCAAUUGAACUAGCUGCUUUAGGUCCGGCUACUGUUUUUUGCGAUUAUUUGGGCUACUCGUUCAUGUUUUUGUCGAUUGCUACUUCAAACAUGGUUGCUACUGCACUUGCUAAACAGGACAGGGCGGAAGCGCAGCAUCACAUAUCUGUCUUGCUUUUUAUUGGCUUAGCAUGUGGGUUGGCGAUGCUUUUGUUCACAAGGCUUUUUGGUGCAACAACGCUCGUAGCUUUUACUGGACGGAAGAAUGUACAUUUAGUACCUGCAGCUAAUACUUAUGUCCAGAUUCGAGGAUUGGCAUGGCCUUGUUUGCUUGUUGGAUUGGUUGCUCAGAGUGCAAGUCUUGGUAUGAAAGAUUCUUGGGGACCCUUGAAGGCAUUGGUUGCUGCCAGUAUUAUAAAUGGAAUUGGUGAUAUAAUUCUGUGUAGAUAUUUAGGCUAUGGGAUUGCUGGGGCUGCAUGGGCUACAUUGGCAUCACAAGUUGUUGCUGCGUAUAUGAUGGGCCAAACUCUAAACCAGAAAGGAUACAAUGUAUUUUCCUUCUCCGUUCCUUCAGGGAAGGAAUUUCUGGCUAUAAUUAGUCUUUCCGCUCCUGUAUUUAUUUCAUUGAUGCUAAAGAUGGCUUUCUACUCUCUACUUAUAUAUUUUGCUACAUCAAUGGGUACACAUACAACGGCUGCCCAUCAAGUCAUGGUUCAGAUCUUCUGGAUAUGCACAGUAUGUGGUGAGCCACUCUCCCAAACUGCUCAGUCGUUUAUGCCUGAGUUGAUGUAUGGAGUAAAUCGGCGUUUGAAAAAGGCUAGGUCACUUCUAAGGUCUCUUGUAACUAUUGGAGCUAUACUUGGGUUGCUUUUUGGAAUAGUUGGAACAUUUGUUCCUUGGUUAUUCCCCUACAUGUUUACACCUGAUCAGAUGGUCAUCCAGGAGAUGCACAGGAUCCUGAUUCCAUACUUUUUAGCACUAGUGGUCACACCUGCAACUGUCGGUCUGGAGGGAACAUUGCUGGCUGGAAGGGACCUACGGUUUAUAAGUUUGUCGACGACUGGAUGCUUUUGUUUAAAUGCUUUACUAUUAUCGAUCUUAUGUAGUAGAUAUGGUUUGCAAGGCUGUUGGUUUUCCCUUGUUGGAUUUCAAUGGGCUCGGUUUUUUGUGGCCCUUCUGCGCCUUCUAUCUCCCAAUGGCAUCUUAUACUCGCAAGAUACAAGCCAAUAUGAACUGCAAAAGUCGAAGACUGCGUAG